UAAUGGGCCUGGACUGAGGAAGGGGUUCAUUCUAACAACCUCUUAUUUUCCCUUCUUUUCCCAGCUUGUUAUCAUGGUUGUCCCCAGUCAUGUACUCCUUAUACCAGUCAGAUCCCAUUUGCAACCCCACAUUUUCCCUGAAUCGCCCCAAGUCGUGGACCAGUUAGUGAUAGAAGACAAGAGACCUCAUGUCCAUGACGGUGAAUGCCUUGCAAGGAAAGACAAUGAUCCAGAGUUUGUUUCUUGGUCAGUGUUCAACCGUGGACUGGUUGAUGAAGAAAACAACAUGGAUCUCUUCUACCAGACAGGACCCAUUUAUGUGAAGGUCAAUACCCUGCAAGGGAAGAAAAUAGUUGAGAGUGGUCUGCAGUCCGGAGACUUUUCCCUGCCUGAGUCCCUGUCCCCAUGUGUCCCCCCGCAACCCGAAACGGAGAACCUGCUGCAAAAAGUGACCGGGGUCCAGAGAGACCUGGAGGAUUUCAAACAGGAGACACUGCAGGCCAUUCACCGACUCGAGGAUGCCUACUGUGAGAUGAGCAGGAUGCUGACCCAGCAGGAAGAGCAGGCAGGGAGGGUAAAACAGCGAUUGCGGGAGGAGGAGGACCGGGGCAUCGUGCGGAAUAAGGUCCUUACCUUCCUGCUUCCCAGGGAGAAACAGUUGCGGGAACACUGCCGGUGGCUGGAACAUAUGUUGCUGAAGAGUGGGAGCCAUGAGGGACAGGGAUCUGCAAAGAAGAUUUCAGGGAACUGACCUGAUCUGUACUGAGCUGUCCUGAUGAGAUCCGGAGUGGCAGAGCCAUAAUUACUGAGAACUAAGCUGUGCUGGGAAAAAACAAACAAAACCCCCAAAACAACAACUUUAAAGGCCAAUCCAGUUUCUUCCCUGCCCCCAUCUUCCUGGCGCAGCAAUAGUACCUUGUCCUGUUGACCUUGGGGGGGGGGAGAUGAAGAAUAAUAUUAACAGUUAACUGU